CCACGUGCCGCAGGGAGGGCCGGGCUGAGGACCCGUAGCACGUUCAGGGUUCCAGCUGUUAGUCUGAACUGUAGCCGGCACUUCAGCGGACGCCAAACUUCGAGUCUCACCUGCCGUUAAACAUCAUGGAAGACUCUCAGAGUGAGCAACAGCGGGUGAUACGACGCCACCACCGCGAGAAGAGCGAGCUGCAGGCCCGCAUCCAGGGCAUGAAGAACUCGGUCCCCAAGAGCGACAAGAAGAGAAGAAAGCAGUUGCUCCUAGACGUGGCCCGCCUCGAGGCCGAGAUGGAGCAGAAACACCAACAGGAGCUGGAGAAGUUCCAAGAGAGCUUCCCUGCUAACAGCAACGUCGACUCUGUUACUGAAGAUCUCGCCAAGAUGGAUCUGGAGAACCAGCCUCCCCGCCUGUCAAGGGCACGGAGAAGGCGCGAAAGAAGGGCGCGCCAGGAGAGGAUUGCCGAGGCCGAGACGCAGCACCUGGCCAGCUUCCGCCGCGAGGAGGAGGAGAAGCUUGCCGCCAUCCUAGGGUCCAAGAAUCUGGAGCUGAAGAAUAUUCCGGCCGACGGCCACUGCAUGUAUCGCGCCAUCCAAGACCAGCUGGUGUUCUCCGUGACUGUGGAGAGCCUGCGGAGCCGCACGGCCGAUUACAUGCGCAAGCACGUCGACGACUUCCUGCCCUUCUUCAGCGACCCCGACACCGGAGACGCCUACAGCCGUGAAGACUUCUUGAGCUACUGCGACGACAUCGUGCGCAGCCCGUCGUGGGGAGGCCAGCUCGAGCUGAGGGCCCUGUCGCACGUCCUGCAGACCCCCAUCGAGGUGAUCCAGGCCGAUUCGCCUGCCGUCCUCAUCGGGGAGGAGUACACCAAGAAGCCUCUCACCCUGGUCCACCUGCGCUACGCCUGCAACCUCGGGGAGCACUACAACUCGGUGAAGCCGCUUGAGGCCGGAGCGGUGGGGGGCGCGGCCCCGCGGCUCUUCUAGGCCGGUCGCCAUCACCGCCGCCGCCAUGGCCGCUGCAGCUGGAGCCGUUGCUGCCGCCGCCACCGCCACCGCCGCAUCUCCUCAGUAGGCUCCGUUUUUUUCCCUUCGGUUUUCUCGGGUUUUUUUCUUUCUUCGUUUUACUCGAAAGUCUCCCCCCGCAAAUCUCCUCCCCGCCCCAUCCCCCCACGCUGUCUUGCCUGGCGGUUCUAUCCUCUUCUGCUUUGGGAGCUGGCGGGGGUCGGGGGCGCCAGGCUCAGGACCAGGGAGAUACCUGUAUUGUGCCACUUGAGGGGAGUAGGUUGGCCAGAUUUUAAGCACUUCUGGCCCCUAAAGGUCUUUGCCUCCCUCGUUGACGAGUAUUGGUCCUGUUGCACAUCCGUUUGAGAUAAAGACGGCAACUUGGUUUGAUGCCUUCUUAACUUGGGAAAAACUAGUUUAGCUCGGAGUCUCCAGAUUGCCCCCAUGAAUGCAUUGGAUGACUUAGAUAAAGUUGGAGUCUCUGUGAUCGAAAUGCUCUGUGAAUGCCUUUUGCUUUUUGGUUCUUUGGAGGGAAAAAUGUAUCGUGGACUGUUUCGGCGGUUGCGUUUUACCUCAGUUGGGCCAUUCUGGAGAUGCCUCAAGGUACAGACAAGACCUCCUCAGGUAUUUUGUUUUGUUUUUUCAAACUUGUGUGGUUUGCAAUUAAUUUUACCUGCCUAGGAUUUGCUGAAUUCUACAUAAAAGCGUUUGUUAAACUUAAAAAUUAAAUGUAGGUGCUAAGUAGAGAAAUUGAAUUUACAAAAACAGGUUAGAUAAGGUUCAGUCUCAGAUGUGAAAGAUCUCAAGGUAAUUUCCUUUAUUCAAGAGAGAAAGGGCCAUGACUUUAUUCAACUAGUUGAUCCACUUCAUGAUGUCUCCAACUGGUAUGAAGCAAAAAGAGACACACUGACAGGCAGCCUAGUUUACUGUAAGGAUGAGACUGAACUAGUAAGUUUUCUUUACUGUGAGACAGGCAAGGGUACAACUUUAUUCAAGCAGUUGAUCCAGUUUAUUUCAUCUAAAAGUGGUACAAAGUGUGAAAGAUCUAAACUUAGCAUAUUUUCCUUAAUUCUUAGAGACAGAAAAUUGCUUUAAAAGAUUUUAGGACAUAAAAAUAGUUGAUCCUUUUUAUUGUAUCUAUAACUAGCACAAGACCAAAAUAAAAAGAGUAAGCAAUCUACUUUUGUUGAUAGUCAAGAUUUGUUGAUAUCUUGAAUUUGCCAAUGGAUUGGUAACAGUGAAAUGAUUUGCAAUAAACAGUUUAAAAGUUUUUAAAUCUUCAGAUCCUGUAUUUCAAUGAUGUUGCUUAAAUAAAUAUUUUAAAAGUCCAUUGUACUCACCAAAUAUUCUAAAACAAAAUAUAUAAAUUCAAA